GGUGUGGUGCUAUGGGGAUGGACAUGGUAACCAAAGGUGUGCAUAAUGUUAUUGAGUUCCUCAGCGAUGAUUCCCCUGACAUGGAUGUGAUCGGAAUCUCUGGUGAGUUCCUUUUGUAUGUUAUUGGUUUGAUUUUAAAAACAAUGUCUUUUAGCUUAGUGUCAUCUUGAGACUUAAAGACUUGAAAUUUAAUGGUCAGAUAACUUCUUCUCCGACAACAAACCUGCUGCGGUGAACUGCAUCGAGGGAUAUGGCAGUAAUUAGAGGAGAGAUAGGGAGCAAGGUGUUGAAAAUGAGUGUGUCUGCCUUGGUGGAGCUCAAUAUACUCAAGAAUCUCACCAUCUAUGCUGUUGCAGGCUCUCUAGGUCGAUUCAAAUCUCAUGUUAGCAACAUAGUGUUUGAUGUAUUCAUAGCUACUUGCCAAGAUCCGGCCCAAAACAUGGAGAGCUCUCAAAUUGAUGGAAGCCAUUAAUGGGAAAUAUAUACAUAUUGUCUAUCACUACGCAUCUAUUGAGGUAAUUAGCAAUCACCGUACCUUCAUUAUCUCCACCGUCACUGAAGAUACCAUCAUAGAGAACCAUGGCAAGGUUGUAAAAUUUUACUUGUCAAUAUGUUUAUUGUUUGCACCUUUUCUUUAAACAUCACGUUCAUGUAUUUCAGGAGCACAGUGAGAACAUUCUUCCAAGCGGUGAAGGUGACGUAGGAUUGGCAGCAUCAUUUGGGCCCGUCUGUUUUGGGAGACAAGGUCGAUGAGGAAUGUCCUGCAGCAGAUCCUCCGGAAGACGCUUAGAACAACCGCAAGCGCCGCCGUGAUGAUUGAAAAUAAAUAUUCCUAUCAGCCCGUCAAUGUCUUUUCUAUGCAUUUUUAAAAACUGCUACUAUCUUUGUUUUCUAUCAUAAAUUUGGAUAUUUUUCCCUUCCAUGUUUUCUCUGUUCGGAGAUUUUAUUUCUGUUUUGGAUUAUUAAUGAAACGUUGACGGGUUCUAACUCAUACUCCCUCCGUUUUUUAAUAUAAAUUGUUUUAGAGAAAUUUUUAUGUUUCAAAUUAUAUGACAUUUUCGGUUUUCUAUGUAAAAUUUAUUAACACUUAAUGUUAUAUGACCAAUGAUAAUAUACCUUCUAUUUUAUUAUUGGUUGAUUUGUGAAUAGGUAAAUAAUUAAUAAUGUUUUUGUUUAGAAAAUAUAAAAAAUUAAUGAUUUCUUAAUCUAUGUGCACAAUUCUAAAAUGACUUAUAUUAAAAAACGGAGGGAGUACAAGAUUUGCCGGUGGUGUAUUGUUUUGGUCGACCUAUUUCUGACUUUUUUUCCACAAUAAAUUAUUUUUAACAAAGUCGAGCAAAAACUCUAAAAAUAAAUAAUUUUGUAACUGUAUAAUUUUAUAAAUUUUUCUAGAGUUAUUAUUUUUUUUUUUAAAUAGUUUAUUACAAUUCUAUAUUUUUUAAAUUAAUUUGGGUAAAAUAAGAAAAUAAUUUAAUUUAUUGUUCGUAUAAAUUAUUUAAUUUUUUGAAUCCAAAUUUUAUAUAUUUUUCCUUACACUAUUUGUUUUAUAUACUAACAACUACCUUAGUCAACACUAAACAAUCUCAUAAACUUCAGCUUUUGAACAUGAAAGCGCUAAUAACGCUAAUGGUCGAUCAAAUCAUUACGAAGAUAAUGCAUAUGAAUUCGUCGGUCAUUCUUAUAUCAACCUAAUCAAGAUCUGUGACUUCCAAAUGUUAUGUUCAUCACCAUUAUAAACAACAUGGAAAAACAAAAGUGAAAAAAACAAACGACAAAAUUCCGUACACAAAACUACACAACGAUCUACAACUUAUCCGGCUCCGUGCUUGCGCGGAGGCUAUACCUCUAGUUCUUAUGGUGUCUAUGAAAUGCCUCCAACUCAAAAAUAUUAUUUUAUGUAUGUUCUCCACCUAAUUACAUUCCUGCAUCCGCCACCGCCUAUCACUUCGUUAAAAGCCUUGCAUGUGUAUUUACGGUAUUUUUAGCUUAGGAUUAUGUUUUACGUCUUAUAGAUAAUUUUUAAUAUAUUAGAGAUGAGGAAUAUAGAUUCUCUUAGAUCUUCUCUUUUUCUAUAUAUAGUUAUUUCAUGUCAUUGUAAACAACAAACUUGAAUUAUUAUUAUUUUGCUAAAUAAAACUUGAAUUAUUAAUUGCAAUAGCAACAUAAAGCUUUUCAGCGUUCGGAUUUGUCCAGAGAGUCGCUAAGAUCAAAACACUAAGUUCAUUAGCUUCCGCUUCUCUAUGAAUGUUCGAUGCUCGUUGAAAAAUAACCUCUUUCCUAUAGAUUAUGAGCAAGUAGCAAGUAACUGUCGGGAAUUAACCUAUAUAAUAUUAUCGCUUGUUGUCCUAUAAUUGGUUCGCGACGGGUUACAUAACCAAACUAGUUUAGAAAUAACAUAACCUAUAUUCAAUCUCUCUAUCUAACGACCUCUAACUCGCUAACCAGUUAGAAAUAAGUACAUAGAAUACCUUAUUGCUAGUCUCUGAUUUGCUUGCCAGCGUUGAUACAGAACAUAUAUACGCCAUUGACUUUGAUAAGUCUUUUUUUAGCAACAGAUAAGUCAUAUACCUUAUUUUUCUGUCAUUUAGCUCAUGCGCAAAAUGUAUGUGUAUUUUGUAUAUAUAUGGUUUAAACCUGUAUGUCAUCAUAGAAUAACGUAUUGCAGGUCUCUGAUCUGUAUGUCAUUAACUCAUUAUACAUCAAUAUGUACAUGUCAGACGAAAAACUUCAAAAAAUGAGGACGAACAUUUUUAAUGGUAUAUGAUUUUGAUAAAAAUGAGUUUAUGAAUUGUAUUUUUCAAAUUUGAACAAACACUAUUCAUAACUUCAUUUUAGUGUUAAAUUUUUUAAUUUGCAAAUUGAUCACUAAAUUUCUAAAUAGUUUUAUUUGUAUCUAAAAAUUUGAUUAUUUGUGUUUUAAACGUUGACAAAAAUUAUUAAUACUUCAAAAUACAAUUACAAUUUUGUAUAAAUAUAUAUUAAAUAUUUAGUUAAAAUAAAAUAUUUCUGGGUAAAAUAUGUAAGUAUUUAAAAUAACAAGCAUUAUUAAAAUAAAAUAAUAGGUAUUGAUGAUAGAAUAUGUUUUGAAAUAUUAUUUUUAGAGAAAAACUGAAUAAAGCCAUUAGAGCGAAAUACAAACUCGUUUAGUGAAUUUUAUAGAAAAACCAUUGGAGAGUCCUAAAUACGUGAUAUCAGAUCGUGCGUAUCUUUGUACGGUUGGUCAAACAAAUAGGUUGGUAUUCUUAUAUAUUAAUGUGGCAUGAACGAUGAGAUAAAUAUACAUAUUAUUAUCUUUGCUUUCACUAUCUACGAAUUCAAUUAUACAAGUUGUAGUUUCAUGUAUUCACACAAGGGAUCAGCUUGUCCUUAACUUAACGCUUCAUACAAAAAGAAAAAGUUUAAGUAUUUAGCUCCAUAGAUUUACAUAAUAAAUUAUUAGAAGAUAACAUUAUAUAUAUAUAUUUUAGAAAUGCCUCUUUAUUUUAACCUCAUAACUAAAGUUGACUUUGUCACCAACUCCUAUAUUUUAAUAAGACAAUCAAUCAAACACUUAUAUAAACCAAUUUACUUGUAUAGUUUUACCAAAAAAAAUUUACUUGUAUAGUUUUUAGUAGGUUUUUAGGGAAUAGUACCUCCAAACAGUUUUAUUUUUAAGAGUGAAAAACUUAAAUUUAAAGUUUGGAAGUGUUUCUCUCCAAAAGAUAAAUUUCAUAUUUAGGUUUGAAAUUUUUAUAUGUUGCAUUGAAAUUUAUUAUUGAUAAAAUUAAUUAAAAUUAUAAGACUUUAAAUAACUAGAAAACAUACAAUAAAUGGUAUAGAAAAUGUUAAUAACUAAAUAUUACCUCUAUACAUAAUCAAUUAGUAUAUUUUGAAGUGAUAAAUGAUUUUUAUUUUGUAUUUUUAGAUUUCAAAGUAAUUAUUAUUUUAGUAUUUGUUGUAUAAUAUUUUGUUUAAUGUUAUUACAAUAUCUUGCAUUUUAUGAAGACGUAAAUUCUGAGGAUUCAAAUGAUAAAAUAAAGUUGAUAAAGUUAUUUGAAAGAUAUACAAUUAAAAGGACUGGUACAAUUGAAAAUUAAAAUAUAGAGUUUGAAUAGUAAAACUAUAAAUUUGAAAUUUCAAUAUUCCAAACUUCUAAAUUUAAAGUGUUAAGUUGCUAUUGGAGUUUAUAAAACUUUAUAUAUACAGUCAUGAGAUGCCUUUAGGUAAGGAAUAAUACGUUUAUACUUUUAAUUAUUCGUCCAAAUAUUUUAUAUCUAAUUUAUUAAUUUAGAAUCCUAUUUUUUAUCUACCAUACAAAAGUCUAUGUUAGACCAUUUAUUGGAAACUUAACUAAACAUCAUAUAUGAUAUUUUCCUAACAAAAAUAAUAUACAUCUAAACAGGGCAAAUAUAGUUCCAUUAGAAAAAUGUUAUUUAAUUGUUUAUCAUAUUUAAUCUAAGAUUGUUUGAAAGCACUUAUUGUGGAACGUAAAUCGUUUUUUUUCUAAAGCGUAGCUUCUUAAGUUUACACUAAAAUUCUAUAGCACUAAGUUAUAUCAAAUGAAGAUUCAGUCUCACCUUAUAUAGAAUUCAAUUUAUUAUGAGUUAAUAUUUGUAUAUUAAUAUACUAAUGAGUAAUGAACGUGCUAUUCAAUGUUUUAAAAACAAAUGAUUGGAUUAUUUGUGAUUAAUGUACAUUAAAAACAUUUUGGUAUUCAAAUUAUAAAUUAAAAUGGAUUUGAUCCAUCUAAUCCUAUUUUUUAUCUGCCAUACAAAGUCUAUGUUUGAUCAUUCAUUAGAAACUUAACUAAACAUUUUAGACUUACUCAUAUAUGUUAUUUUCCUAACAAAAACAAUAUACAUCUAAACAAUAACAUUUUUAAGAAAGGACAAGUAUAUUUGCACUAGACAAUUAUUGUUUAAUUGUUUCUCAUAUUUAAUCUAGACCAUACUUUUAUAUAUACUUCAGUAAUUAAUUUUUAAAUUAAAUAGUAUAGGCUAAUUCUUUUAAAAAUUAUCAAAUUAAGUUCUUAUAUAGAACAAAAUAAAUAAUAUUUUAUUGGUUGUAACAUUUUAUGUUUGAUAUUUUGUAGUAAAAAUAAAAACAGUAACCUGAAAUGUAAUAUAUUAAAUAGAAUAAUAUUUUUAAAAUAUAAUACAAUAAUUUAAUGUAGUCACAUACAAACAUUCCAAGAAUAAAAGUUUGUAAACAAAAAAAUUAAUAAAAUUUGUAUUAAUUUGUAUAAAACUAAUGUUUAAAAUUAAGCUAUUAAUAUGAUGAUGCAUAUUUAAAUAAAUAAACAAAAAAUACUACAUUAAUAUACAAUACUUACAAUUUCAUCAAAACAAAUUUCAAAAAAAUAAAAAUUUCAAAAUUAUAUUAUAUACAUAAAAAUUUAUAUUAAAGAUAUAUAUAUAUAUAUAUAUAUAUAUUGAUAACUUAUUUUAUAUUUUAAAUGUUAUAAAAACAUAAAUAUAUCCGGACGGACGUGCAUGUUCAAAUCUAGUAUCUAUUAAAAACUACAUGAAAGUUACUGGUACGGAACAUUACAAAGCUAGUACGUACGUAGAAGCUAAUCAAAUGUAUGUUAUGGUCAUAGGUUUCUCUCAAACAUUAGGAAACAAUCCCUCUAUAUACUGUUCAAUGACAUUACAUGAAAUCGUAACACUUUAUAUUUAAAGUCAUGUAUUCAUUCAAAAAAUAAAUAUUUAGUCAUUGAGAUGCUCUUACCUAACGAAUUAUACCUUUAUACUCUUGAUUAGUCGUUCAAAUAUUUAUAUAACUAUAAAGAAACUACGUACAUGAAAGUUACUAGUACGGAACAUUACAAAGCUUGUACGUAUAAAAAGCUAGUCAACUGUUUGUUUUGGUCAUUGGUUUCACACAAACAUUGAGGAGCCAUCUCUCUAUAUAAUGUUCAAUAACCUUACAAAGACAGCCAAAAGAGUUACAAGCUAAUUAGUGAGUCCAUUAAACCUUUAACCAUGGUGAAAAUGGCUAAAUCUGUUACUUUCUCAACCUCUUCUUCUGCAUCAAACCUUUCUUCUCCUUCUUUCGCUUCUCUUCCUGCUUCUCCACUCAACCAGCCCUUUUCUCAGUCCAUGAUGGAGGAAGCCUUAGAGUCUGCAGAGUCAAUCAUCAAGAAAUGGGAUCCAAAGGCACAGUCCUACACAAAGAUCAUCUCUCUGUUCAGACACAGCAGAAAACAAGCCAAAGAAUUCAUCAGAUGCGUCCGUGACUUACGCAGAGCCAUGCACUUUCUUGUCUCUCAAGACUCUAAAUCUGACAAACUUGUGCUUGCACAGAGCCUGAUGCAGAUUGGUAUGUCCACGCUGGAGAAAGAGUUCUUCCAGAUACUGUCUUCUAACCGAGACCAUCUUGAUCCUGAUUCAGCCUCUGGUCAGUCCACAAUAUCUAGCAAUUCAGAGUUCGAAGUUUAUAUGGAAUAUGAUGAGGAUGAGGAUGAUGAUGAUGAGCUGAAGAAGGCGGGUGAAUCCAUCUCUCAGGUGGAGAAAGCCUCAGCUAUGGUGAUGUCAGACUUAAAGGUCAUAGCAGAGACUAUGAUCAGCUGUGGUUAUGGUAAAGAGUGCAUAAAAAGCUAUAAGUUGAUUAGAAAGUCUAUUGUUGAUGAAGGGCUACACUUGCUUGGGAUCGAGAAGGUCAAGACCUCUCAUUUUCACAAAAUGGACUGGGGUGUCCUCGAGCAUAUGAUCAAGAACUGGAUCAAAGCUGCAAAGAUUGGAGUCACAACACUUUUUAAAGGAGAGAAGCUUCUUUGUGAUCAUGUCUUCUCUGCAUCCCUUACAAUAGGACAGUCUUGCUUUAACCAGAUAGCAAAGGAAGCAGGACUCAAUCUCUUCAUGUUACCUGAGCUCGUAGCCUACAAGGAGAAGAAACAACACCACCAUGAGAGGAUCUUCAAGCUGAUGGAUCUCUAUGCAGCUAUCUCUGACCUUUGGCCAGACAUAGAAAUGAUAUUUAGCUUUGAUUCAUUAGCUUCUGUGAAGACUCUUGUCCUCUCAACGCUCAAGAAACUCAAGGACUCUAUCCACACGUGUCUCAAGGAGUUCGAGAAGAUGAUACACAAGGAUUCUUCUAAAGAACUUUCCCCUGAAGGAGGGGUUCACAAGCUGACUCGGACAACAAUGAGUUUCUUAUCAUUGUUGUCUGAAUACAGCCGUGUACAUGUGUUGUCUGAGAUCCUUACAGAGCAUCCUCUUAAGACAAACACUCGCUUGCUAGAAUCUUACUUCACGGCUCCUAUCCUGGAAGAUGAACAUGUCAACAACCAUGCAUGCUCGGUCCAUCUAGCUUGGCUCAUACUGGUUUUCCUUUGCAAGCUAGACACCAAAGCAGAGAGUUACAAUGAUGUCUCUCUCUCUUACAUCUUCCUUGUGAACAACAUGCAGUUUGUGGCUGAUACUGUUCGUUCUAGUCACCUCAAGAACCUUCUCGGUGACGAUUGGCUCACAAAGCACGAGGCAAAACUCAAAAGCUAUGCUGAAAAAUACGAGAAAACAGCUUGGGCCAAUGUUUUGGUAUCUUUACCUGCGAAGACAAGUGCCAAGCUAUCACCAGUGGAGGCCACAACAUGCUUCAAGAGAUUUCAUGCAGCGUUCGCAGGAGCAUACUUGAAACAAUCAUCAUGUGUUAUAGUGGAUGCGAAGCUUAGGGACGAGCUUAAGGUUUCUAUAGUGAAGAAACUUGUACCGGAGUACAGAGAGUUUUACGUGAAGUAUUUGCCAAUGUUGAGACAAGACAGAAACAUAGAGAUGUUGGUGAGUUUUAAGCCUGAUAAUUUGGAGAAUUAUCUCUCAGAUCUUUUCCAUGGAACACCAAUGCUCAGUGGCUCUUCUCAUUCUGCUUCUGCUUCUUUGUCUUCUCCAUCUUGUUUCUCAAUUAGAUGUGUAAAACACUAAAGCUCACACUUAGACAUUACCAUUCUCACUUGAAUGAAUCUACAAUCAUGUUUGUUUGUGUUUCUGUAUUUGCCUUCGAUUGUUUUAACAAAAUAUCUUCUUCUAGAUGAAACCACCAGUCAUAUCUUGUUGGAAAAAAGGAUCCCAUUUCGAAAGUUUCAAUGAGACAUAAUUAAUAUAUAAACAAUUUGAACCACUUCACGUACCAUCAAUUGGUUUUAUAGUAAAAGUCUAUAUAACUUAACAUGGUAUCAGAGUAGACCUACACCUUGUCUCGUUAAUUUAGCAUGGAUGUCCAAUAAAUGCUCAAUUCCGUCUAAACAACUAGAAAAUAACAUUAUCUCAAAAUGUUUUGAUAAAUUUUAUCGAGAUUAAUAGUUAUAUGGACCGUUAUCUUGAAGAAGGAUACCGAAGAAAAAAUAUCUCACAUUAAAAAU